AUGUUUGUGCGGCACACGGAGGACGCUGAUAAAAAUCUGGAACAUUUGUUUUGGUGUGACGGGAUUGGUCGGAUGAACUACAGCGUGUUUGGGGAUGCUUUAGCAUUCGAUGCCACAUAUAAAAAAAACAAGUAUCGGCGUCCCCUCGUCAUAUUUUCAUGUGUCAAUCACCGUAAUCAAACAACCGUUGUUGGUGGUGCUGUAAUUGGCAACGAGAAAGAAGAAACAUAUGUGUGGUUGCUAGAGCAAUUGUUGGAGGCAAUGGACAAGAAGAGUCCAACAACAGUUAUCACAGAUGGAGAUAAGGCAAUGAGGAAUGCCAUUCGGAGGGUCUUUCCCAAUGCCAGUCACCGACUCUGUGCGUGGCACUUGAUGUGUAAUGCAACCGAUAAUAUCAAAAUUCCUGACUUCCUCCCUAAGUUCAAGACUUGUAUGUUCGGUGAUUUUCAAAUAGGUGAUUUUAAAAGAAAGUGGGAAUCAUUGGUUGAAGAAUUUAAUUUACAUGAAAAUCCGUGGAUUAUUGACAUGUAUGCCAGAAGACAUACGUGGGCUGAGGCCUACUUUCGUGGUAAGUUUUUUGCCGGAUUUAGGACUACAUCUCGGUGUGAAGGGUUCAACGCCCAACUUGGGAAGUUUGUCAAGAGAAGAUACAACUUGAAAGAGUUUCUACAACACUUUCAUCAUUGUCUCGAAUACAUGCGACAUAGAGAAGUUGAAGCUGAUUUUCGUUCAGGCUAUGGAGACCCGGGUUUGAAAGCUCCACCCAUUUUUCAAAGUAUUGAGCUUUCAGCCUCACGUAUUUUGACCCGACAAUUAUUCUUCCGAUUCCGUCCCACUAUUGUAUCUGCCCCUGACAUGAUAAUUACUAAUUGCGAAGAUACCCUUGGCAUGUCAAUGCACACGGUCAAGCGGUCCCAGGAAUCUAGUAGGGAGUGGCUUGUUUCAUACUAUACGACUACAUAUGAAUUCCGAUGCUCAUGCAUGAGAAUGGAAAGCAUUGGUUUAGCUUGCGCCCACAUCAUUGCUGUCUUGGUUGAUCUCAAUAUACAUAACAUUCCCAAGUCACUUGUGCUUGAAAGGUGGAGUCAAGGUGCAAAGGAUCAUUUAUGUGAAACGCCGGGGUCAUCCCCGUCGCUUUUCCGAGAUUCCGCGGUCCUUGUUAGAUAUGUUUGUAUGCUCGAAGCCUGUAGGAAAAUGUGUACACUUGCUUGUCCGCUUAUUGAUGACUUUCGCCAGACAUGGGAGAUUGUUGGAGGUCACACUCAACACUUAGAGAAUAAAAACAAUCCCUCAGUUCCAGAAGGUGUCACUGGAACUCCAUCUGCUAACGCAGGUCUAACGACUCACCGGCGCAGGGGUCGUCCCUGUGGACCGUCAACUUCUCGAUUGAGGGCCAAGCGACCCUUGAAGUGUAGCACAUGCAAAGUGAUUGGACACAAUCGCUUAACUUGCCCAUUGGUUAAAGGAACGUCCACCGAGGGAUCCUCCACGGGAGGGGAUCACGAAUUUGAUGACCUUGAAGCCUACUAG